AUGAUUCAUGGGCCCUGCGGGUCGCAUUACAAUUACAGCAGCUGUCACAACAGCGACGGCAAAUGCACCCGGCAGUACCCACGAGAUUUCGUAAGCGAAACCAUUACAGGGAGCGAUGGUUAUCCACUGUACCGGCGAAGGAGUCCCGCUGAGGGAGGAUUUACAGCAGUGGUAAAGGGCCACCAAGUUGAUAACAGAUGGGUAGUGCCAUACUGUCCCUUACUAACAAAAGCGUUCAAUGCGUGCAUCAAUGUCGAAUAUUGCCAUUCAGUUCGCUCCAUCAAGUAUGUAUGCAAGUACAUCAACAAAGGGACUGAUGCUGCAAUGUUUGGUAUUAGGCAGGAAGGUUCCGUAGACGAAAUCCAGGACUUCCUUGCAGGGCGCGUCAUUAGUAGCACAGAGGGUUCUUGGCACAUAUUCAGCUUCCCCAUCCACGAACGCUUCCCAGCAAUCGUUAUUUUUCUGCGGAUACAGCAAUGGAUGUGGCUGCGCGUACCAAAGACACAACGUUUACAGCGUUCUUCAAUCUUUGUCGACAGGACGAGUUUGCUACUGUACACAGACGUGCCUUCAUACUACGUAUGGACAAAAAAGAACACCUAG